AUGCCGAUGCUCCGCUACAUUCAUCCUUACCCGCCGUCGACCUCGGGGUCGACGCCGGCGGUGACGGCGGUCGUCACCACCGCACCGUCGCUAACUGCACCCGUGCCUGUGCCCGUGCCUGUGCCCGUACCUGCGCCCGUACCUGCGCCCGUUUCCGCACCAUCUCUCAGUCAACCUACUGUCAUCACCAGCCAAACGCCGCCGCCGCCACUCAUCGGGACUCCCUACGCGAGAGACACGUACCGUGCCGGCACUACGAACGUGAACGAGAGGCUCGCCAUCAACGUGAGCAACAGUUCGCUGUCGCAAGUUGGUGGGGUUGGUAGUGUCGGGGUAGUGCCCGCGCCGGAGUACAGCAGUAUGGGAGCCGGUGGCAGAGGCGAUCGGCAGAGGAUAUCCCUCUUGGGCUCUAUACCGUCGCCUUCCGCCGUCACCGCAUCGGACUACCAGCAGCAUCCGGCGGCGACGAGAAACCCGCCGCGUAUAGGCCUCAUGCCCGUCCAGCCUGAUCAGUAUUGCAGUCGCACCCCCGUCGACAUGUCCAGUCUGCAGCAGGAUGCGCCACCCUUCAAGAAGAUCCGUCUGGGACCGCAUCAGCAGGUUCAGCAGCUGCAAUCGCAGCCUCAGCCGCGCUGCCUAUCGCCCGCUGAUCCAUGUGGGGGCAAGCAAGAACAGCAGCAGCAACAUGUCGUACAGUUGCAACAGCCACUUAGGAUAGACACCAGGGAGCAGCCUGCUGUGGGAGCGUACACGCCGCAAACGGAAGCUAUUUCGCCUACGCUUCCAGAACCGAAUACGCAGGAGGAUGCACAAUAUAGGAGUACCAAGGAUGAUCUCUUGCAGCAGAUUGGCAAGGUCGACAGAGAGAUCGCUAAGAGAGAGAAUCAAUUAAAUAUGUUGCGGAAGAGGUUAAAAGAACUGGAAGAAACGGCAAACAAGCCUUUAGAAGUAAAAGACACUGAGGAACAGUCACAGCAACCAAAGCAUCAAUCGAUGGCGCAAAAGGUCUACGCUGAGAAUAGGAGAAAGGCAGAAGAAGCUCAUAGACUUUUAGAAAGACUGGGCCCCAAAGUAGAACUACCUUUGUAUAAUCAACCGUCGGACACAAGCGUAUACCAAGAAAAUCGUACGCGGCAUCAGACGUGUAUGCGUGCUAGACUUAUAGCUAGGCUUCGGAGGGAACAUUCUGAGCGCGCGUCCCUUCAUCGGCAGCAGUCGCAAACGUACGCCAUUUUGGUUCAAGAGUGGCAUCGCAAGGUGGAACGGCUAGAGGCAACGCAGAAGAGGAAAUCGAAGGAAACAAAGAAUCGCGAGUUCUUUGAGAAGGUAUUCCCCGAGUUGCGAAAACAGAGGGAAGACAAGGAGCGUUUUAACAGAGUUGGUGCUCGCAUCAAGAGUGAAGCCGAUCUUGAAGAGAUAAUGGACGGUCUACAAGAACAAGAGGAAGAAACAUUGCAAGAUUUAAAAAAUUCCAUUAAAGCUCGUCAGAUGGAGGAUAAGAAAAUGCGUUCGUAUGCAGUCAUACCACCUCUAUUGUUGGACGCGAAGCAACGAAGGAUCGCGUUUCAAAAUCGGAAUGGAUUACUUCAGCCAGAGGAAUUAGAAGCUCUACAUAGUGAACGUAAAUUGAUUAAUGUAUGGAGUUCGGUGGAACACGAAUUAUUCAAGGAAAAAUAUCUUCAGCACCCUAAGAACUAUGGAGUGAUAGCUCAAUCGUUAGAACAUAAGUCCGUUCCAGAUUGUGUACAUCACUACUACCUCACUAAGAAAGCAGAAAAUUAUAAACAGCUUCUACGAAAAUCGCGCCAACGGACACGUAGCUCUCGGAAUAAUCCGAAUAAUAAAGUAAAUAAUGCCAGUUCGACUAUUGGACCUAUAGAUAUUUUAACGACAGGCGUAACGACAAGGUUACAGCGGGAGCAGCAACAGAAGACUCAGGAAAAUCCUCAGAAUAGUUCGGCAACGUCUACAUCUACAACGAGCACCACGGUCACAUCGAGCGUAUCGUCGACAACUGUCGCGAGCACGACAGUAACGACGACGACGACUCCCUUGAGCUCGAUAGCGUCGGGCGUUAGCGUAACGGAUUCUGUAACGGCAUCAACGACAACGACAACGACAUCUGUCCUGAACACCACCGCGACGUCGAGCAGCAUCUCGACGACGUCGACGACAUCCAGCGUGAAGGAUUCCAGGGAGUCUGGCAAGGAGAAUAAAGAGAAUAAGGUCGAUCCGAAGGAAUCUCAUCUUAUAAAAGUAGAACCGAAAGAAGAACCGCUAUCGGACGCAUCGGGGAAGGACGUUAAAGUAAUAGUGGAAGGGAAAGGUGCGCUAUCAUCGUCCGUGUCUUCGUUAAACAACGCGACGAACGUUUCGACCAUCCAGACAGACUUCAAGGAAUCCAGUAAAAAGAAACCGGGUUGCAGGGACACGAGCAGCAGUGGCGCUAAUGUGGCAGCUAGUGGUAGAAUAAAAGAUAAGAAGAAAGAGAAUCACAUGGAGACCAGUGACGAGGAAGCGCCGGCGAUCGACGUCAUCGAAGGUGGCAAACAGAUAGGACCUCACGCUUGCACGGUGUGCCAAAGCGUCGUCGAGGGAAGCGCGCAUAGUCGCGCGUUACCACGUAGCCAAGCGUCGCAGUAUGGCCUGCGGGAAGACCAAGUGCCUCCUGGUGCGCGCGUUUGCAACACCUGUCGCUGCAAGGCCGUCCGAGGACGUUACACCGCCUGCCCAUUACCGGGCUGUCCGAAUCUGAGCAGCUCGAAAUCGAGAGUAAAGCGGCUGAGAGCGUUGCCCUCCAAGUGGCUCGACUUGCCACCGGAGAUUCGGGAGCCAAUCGCUCAAGAAUUCCAAAUACCUAAUAGCGCGACGAAAUGCUGCUCGGCCUGCUUCAGUCGCAUAUCGCGCCGUUUGGCACCGCAUCUCGCCGGCGGUACCGAAGUGUCCGAGGACGGCACCGAUGCGUUGUCACGUCAGUGGACGGACGAGGAGCUCGAGCAACUCCGCAGGGCGCUUCGGGAACACGGCACCAAUUGGCCAAAGGUCGCCGAGCAGAUACCCGGCAAGACGAAUCAUCAGUGCAAAAACUAUUAUUUUGCUUACCGAAAGAAAUUGAGUCUCGAUCAGGUCGUGGCCGAGUACUACGCUUCACUGGGCGAGGAACGGAGACCAUGUCUGACGGACGAGGAGGAAAGCGGCAGUAGUACUAGCAGCUGCGAUGAAUUGGCUGUUCAUGAUUCGAGUGACACAGCGAGCGCAGGAAGUCCGGCAACGAAUAUAACGGGCAGUAAUGCAGCAUCAAGUGGUACUGCGGCGACAUCGUCGUCAUUACCAACGAUCCAUUUCCAACGAUCCAACGAGCAAAAACUCGGCGAGAAACUCUCGGAUAUAGCCGUAGUAUCACUUGUACCACCCUCGUCUCAUCAGUCUUCCAGUAGCGGAACUGCCACUGCAUCUGGUGGCAGGGAAGAUUACGACAGUUCUGCCACGGAGACAGCGGACGAAGGUCAGGGAGGUGCUGACUUAGAUAAUGGCAGUGUCGUGGUAACUCUGACAACCCCCAUCAGUAACGCAACAUCGUUGCAACAACAGAAUCAACAACAGAGCCAGCAUCCACAGCCACCACCAAUUGUUCACUCGCCACCUUCAACAACGAGUAAUUCGAAUCCGCUCACUGUCAAGGAUCUUAUGCUUGGAGUCAUCGAGAUGCAAUUAAAACGCACUUCCAACAGUCCAGCUGACGGUGGCAGUUCAUCAGCACCCAAUAGCUCUAGCACUCCCACGAUAUCUAGCAUCUUGAAGACAGAUCCUCGUAACGACAUAACAUACGUUCGUGGCUACAAAUCGUCAUCAAACAAUACCACGUUGUCUAAUAGAGAUUCAAAUCUAGCAACACUCUCUGUUGUCUCGGGGCCUCAUCAUGCUCAUCGUUCUGCUCCCAGUCCGCAACCAAUUGGCCAGAUACAGGCUACUAUUACUCCUUGCCCACCAACUGUGCCGAGUAGUCAAGCUUCAUCGUCGGACCUGCUGCCUAAGGAAGGUUUAGUCGUUAUGCAAGUGCAACAAGCACUCCGAGAAAGCACGGAAGGGACAUUGGAUUUGAGUAUCAAAAAACCAAGACAACAGGAUUACAAUCAUUCAAUGCAGCUUCACAAGCCACCGACGGUUACGCUCUAUCGACCGGAACCGCCGCCGGGCGCGUAUUACCAUCCUCACGCACCUCAUCCCGAACAAGGACGUGGCGCGAAGAGUCCAUUGAUUUAUGCUUCGUCACCGCGACCGCAGGCACCCAUUACACCUAAGCUGAACAAAAUCACCGGGGUACCACCGCCUCAUCCCAAGCUGUCUCCAAAAUUGAGCAGCAUGGGCACGCAGGGUCACAAAGGUGGUUCCAUUACGCAUGGCACUCCUGUAUCUACGGCGCGUUACGAAGGUCUGUUGCGGCAAAUGACACCGCCCGGUAAUCCAACGGUUACCGGUGCCGCUUCGAACGCUAGUGAACGAGGCGGCGUUAUCAAUACCGGCUCCGCUGUUCCAGGGACACCGAAAGAUACAGGUGGAUCGAUCACUCAGGGUACACCGGUGCUUCCGUUCGCGGUAGACAAACGCGGCACGCCCAUAUACGAUUAUCAUCGCACCAUCCGACACUCGCCUGGCAACGUUCCACCGCCACCGCCGGGACAGGGUCCCACAAGCCAGGCGCCGUCGCCGGCCGUGGUAGUCAGUCACGGCGGCAGCCAGUACAAUUCUUAUUCCGCCUCCGGACGGCCACCGCCAAGUUACUCGAUGGAGCAACAAUUAUCCAGUCGGCAGAUCAUCAUGAACGACUACAUCACAAGUCAGCAGAUGCAUGCGCGUGCUCGUGGUAGCAGUAGCGCCGGUGCAUCCGUCGUUGCUGAGACAACCGGUAAAAGCGAGCCGCCACCGCCACCAUCGUCCACCCUGUAUUACACCAGUACGCCUCCUCCAUCGCAGACGCAUACGCAGCCGCGGCAAGGUGUCAUCCAGAGGCACAAUACGCAGAAGCAAAUGCACUAUCCACCGCCACCUGGCCUGGAGGCGUUCUCCAGUUUAGUGGAUGUGGCAGUACAGCAACCCAGUCUUCCGGUACCACAUCCGCAUGGCCAUCCAGCUGCGUCCGGUAGUAGCGGCCACGAGGGACUCGGUAAAACGAUGGCGGAUCGCUUGUUGGCCGACCGUUAUGACAAUAAUCGCGCGUUUCGCGAGCAAGAGAUACGGCUACAGGAACAUCGUAUGGCGAUGCAAGCUGCGGAACACAGACUAGCGGCGGUGGCGGUGCAUCAACGCGAUCGAGAUAGAGACCUUCAUCUGCGGGAAAAGGAGGAACAUCGUUUGCAUCGUGAAAAGGAAUUGCAACAUUUGGAACACCGUCUUGCGGUACAGCAUCAUCAGCAACGUGAAAAGGAUCUUCAGCAGGAGCACCGUCUCGCGCAGCAGCGGGAGAAGGACAUGCACGUCGAGCACAGUCGUUUAUCUGUGCAGCAAGUCCGGGAGAAGGAUAUUCAACACGAGCAUCGACUACAGCGGGAAAAGGAGAUACAACAAAUGGUAGCAGCUGCGGCGCAACGAGAGAAGGAGCAUGAACAUCGACUGGUAGUACAACAGCAACGAGAGAAGGAGAUGCAGCAGCAAGAGCGGCUCGUCAUUCAACAACACGAGAAGGAACACGAACGUCGUAUGGCUAUGCAGCAAGCACACCGCGAACGGGAUCUCCAGGUGCAUCUCCAUCAACAGCAGCAGCAGCAACAACAGCAUAUUCAGCAUAUUCAGCAGCAACGCAUGGAGGCCGAGAGAAGACACAUGGCGCAACUAUACAGAGAUCAACAACAAAUUGACAGAGAUUCGUCGAGAUUAGCGAGCCUCGGAUUCUCCUCGCAACCUUCCCCAAUCAGGCUUCAGCAAUCUCAACAGUCUCAACAACAGCAACAGCAGUCGUCGUCAUCUUCAUCAUCAUCAUCGCGACAGAGUCAAUCUUCCAGUCAGCAAAACGACUCGUCGACUCUCACAGCUGCCAGUCUAAUUGAUGCUAUCAUCACUCAUCAAAUCAAUCAGCCAGCACGUACUGAUAAUGCCAAUGCAAGCGGAUCCUCAGCCAAUCAGCCAGCGCGUGCUGGCGAUCGUCUUUUUCAGGGAUUUCAUCGAGAAAUUCAGCAAGAACCUAAUGGCAUAGCCCACAGCCCCGCCGGUGAAGGCAGUGGCGGUGGAAAUGGUGGAAGCGGCAACGGAAGUGGCGGCAACAAAGCAAUCACUCUCGGCGAGCAUGUUGAUCAUAUUGUCUCUAAAGAUUAUGGCCCGCCUCAUUCGUCGUAUAGAUCCUAUACUGGAUAUCAAAUUUCCGAAGAUCAGUGGAAGAGACGAAAACUUAAUGAGACGGACUCGGUGAAGACCGGGGACGAGCGUCAAAUAAUACGUGUCGCGCAACAACAGCACACGCAGCAACAACAACAACAACAACAACAGCAUCAGUCAUCGGGAAAGCAGCAAUAUCAUUCGGUCGAGCCGGUUUCACCGCCGGAGGCAACUACCAAUCAUUACGCACGUCGCUUGUACGAUUCGAGCACUGCCACAUCCACUUCCGGAACUCCCUCCAACAAGUCGCAUUCGACGCAGAUAUCGCCACUCGAUUACGUGAAGAACAGGAUCGUCGAGUGUAUGCGCACUGAGGACGAAGCCGGCGGCGGCGGCAGCGGCAGCGAUGGUGGUGCGGGUGCCGAUAGAAACGGGAGUGGUAAUUCCGUCGUUGUGUCCGAGAAGGAUGAAAAGGGAGGAAAUAAUGCGGAAAGAAGCGUGGAGAGAAGCCUGUCGAGUAGUGGUGGCGGCGGCGGCGGCGGC